AUGGAGGCUUUUGCGUCUUGCUCCUCUGGUAUGAAGGGAACUAGCGUCAUGCGUUUCCCACGAUAUGAAGUUUGGGAGAAAGACCCUAGCCACCUGAUGGAUUACAUUUUGCGCUUCGGGACGAUUGUCGAGGGACACGAGAAUUUCAAUUCUUCGAAUAGCACGUCUCUCGUACUAGGUGAAGAAAAGGACACAACAUCAAGCACAGGCGAAAAGACACCACUUUCACGUUGGCCCGCUUUGAUUUUCAGAAUAGGUGAUACGAGAUCAAAAGGAGACGACGACUCAGCAGGAAGUGCCCGAUCGGACGUUCCUAAUGCUAGUUCUGAAAAUCCUCCUCCAGCAGGUGAAGUAGUCAAAAUUUCAAAAAAGGACUAUCAUAUUAACGUCAAUGAAGACGGAUGCAACUUGGAGGGCGGCAGUGUGGAAAGCAGUUGCGAAAAAGGAGAAGCCUCACGUUGUGGUGAUCUUGACAAAAAGACGACAAUAGUACCUCACAAGGAUAACACACAAAAGCAAAGUAGCUCUGCUUCUUUUAAGGGUUACCCUAUAAUGCAUCUUCUGAAGCAUCUUACUUAGACCUGUCCCGUAAGGGGAAAAUAGGUCCAAGAUGAAUCCCGCGAUGGAUUAGGGUCCGCUCUAAUUCUUGUACAUCGAAGCGAACACCAAAGCAAAUUACAACAACUUCUCCAUCACAGCUAAACAAGAUCUACUUUUUUUCACCGGACUUGGCAGCGAUUAGAGCAGAGCUAAGGCGAAGGUUGGGCAACUUGAACGCAAAGUUGCUGGACCAAGUCUUGGUUCCCCGCGUUGCAUCUCGGUUACUCGCGGCACUUCGAACCCUUGGGAAGGAGUUGGUGACGCUCAUGACAUCGUUGGGAGGGAAAGGGAGAUCUUAAGACAUUUAUCCGUGUGAAUAUUUAUCAUACAAGCUGUUGAUAUUUAAGGAGAUUAUAGCCCUGGUAAUUUGUGAAUUCUGGGCACAACUAUCUUGAUUUCAGAUGCUGUAGUACAAAAAAUCUCUCUAAUACUAAUUCGGAGAAUCGAGGUGGCUUGUGAUGGACGCAGCGGAGAGAAGAAAAUCAAGGCUCAAGCAAAGCAAGCCGAAGAAAAAAACUCGCCAACAAGGGAACCUUCGCUCUCACUCUGGACCGCCAUCAAGAGGCGGGCAGAAGAGACCAGGUUCCUCAACGAGGAAAGGAGACGAUGAAAUUAUAGGAGAUACAACAACUAAGACGACGAGUACCAUGCUAGUAGACCGUAAGUGCACUGAGAGGCUGUUAGAACCGGAUAUGAAACGAAAAAAACAAGACAAUGAUCGAGAAUCAAUAUGUUGA